CGUCUGGUGAACGAAAGCACAGGCGUCAUCUACCCGCCUGCCUUCUACAUAUACCUCAGUGCCUGGGUCUCCAACGAUGCUCUUGCCUAUGGAACGUCGCAAGCGAGUAUCUUCCCUGAGGCUGGCCUCUGGCUUCACGAUGACAACGACCCCAACUAUAAUAUUCCUCCAUCGUCGCCCAUCUCCUUCGCACAAGUGGCUUAUUACAUCAGCAAUCUUAUGAAUUCUCAAGAUGUCAUGCAGGCUCUUUAUAAAAUCCGUGAGAUCUGUGACACGUACAGGAACCUCGGCGUUCCCAACUACCCGCAGGGAAUCAUCAUUUCGUACUGGGAGCAAUAUUUCAACCUCAGGAUUUACUUCUUCGUCAUCGUCGUCGUCGUCCUCAUCAUCAUCUUCCUCUUCAGCUUGCUCGUCCUACUGAAUUGGUUGUUGGCUCUAAUGAUGGUUAGUUCUAUGCGUGUGUUUGUGUGUGUGUAUCUGUGUUUGUGUGUACGUGUGUGUGCUAGGUUUCUUAUGGUUGCUUAUUUUCAUUUUUUAUUGCACCAGUUCUUUUGUUAUCUAAGUUGUUAUUUAUGCUCGCUCACUUUCUGUUUAACUGAUGCAUGUGAUUUUUGUAACUGA